AUGGAUGAGAUUCAUCAAGAAGAAGACGAAUAUGAGCCUAGCCAUCACCAAUUGCAAUCUGAUAAUGAAGAGCGCGUUGAUCGUCAAGGAGGAGAAAAUGAGACGCCUAACAAAUGCAGAAGCCCUAUGAGUAUUAUUAAGGAGUGGGUUCCUGUAUGUGAAGAGGAUUUGAAACCAAAAGAAGGUAUGGAGUUUGACAACCUGGAGGAAUGUGAAAAAUUCUACAAAAAAUAUGCUCAUCAAGUCGGUUUUAGUGUCCGUAAAUCAUCUACUAAAAGGGAUAAAAAAACUGGAUUGUUGAAGUAUAAAACUUGUGUUUGCGCAAAAGAGGGUUUUAGAGAAGCUAAAUACGCAGGUAAGCAAAAAGUAAGAAAUGUGAAAUUGAGUAGGGAAGGUUGUGAGGCUCUGGUUAGGUUUAAACGAACGUCGGAGGGUAAAUAUGUAGUGUACAAAUUUCAUGAAGGUCAUACUCAUUUACUUGCAACCCCUAGAAAGUGUCACAUGCUAAAAUCUAAUAGGGAAAUUACUAAUGUUCAUAGAUGCUUGUAUAAGGCAUUUGCUCGUGCCAAUGUUGGUGCAAGUAGGGCGCAUCGUUACAUAAAGGAACAAGUGGGUGGGUAUCAAAAUGUUGGAUGUAGUAAGCAAGAUUUGAAAAACUUUCAAAGAAAUUUGAGACUUCAUAUUAAAGAUUAUGAUGUUGACAUGUUUAUUGAGAAUUUUAAGAAAAAACAAAAAAUCGAUCCUUCAUUUUAUUUUGCAUAUGAGAUAAACAAGGCCACACGUCAACUGAGACAUGUAUUUUGGGCAGAUGGCAUUUCUAGAAAGAAUUAUGCAUUAUAUGGAGAUGUUGUGUCAUUUGAUACUACUUAUGACACUAACAGAUAUAAGAUGAUCUUUGCUCCAUUUACUGGUCUUGAUAACCACAGACUUUGUAUUACGUUUGGAGCAGCAUUUUUGGGGGAUGAGAAAGUUGAAUCAUUUUCUUGGUUGUUUGAAAAGUUCUUAGAUGCAAUGGACGAUCACAAACCUGUUUGCAUCAUCACUGAUCAAGAUCCUGCAAUGAAAGUAGCCAUCAAAAAUGUUUUUGACACGUCUACUCAUAGGUUUUGCAUAUGGCAUAUAAUGAGAAAACUUUCAGAAAAGGUGGGAAGCACUUUGAGUAGUAACGAAGUUUUUAUGAACCAAUUUAAGUCCUGUGUGUAUAAUUCAGAGACAAAGGAGGAAUUUGAAUCAUCGUGGAAAUCAGUUGUCAAUGAAUUUAAGUUACAAACUAAUGAUUGGCUUUCUCAGAUGUUUUCGAUUAGGGACUUGUGGAUACCAACUUAUUUCAGAGAUGUUUUCUUAGGAGCUGUGUUACGGACAACGUCGAGGUCUGAAAGUGAGAAUAGUUUUUUUUGUAGUUUCACAAAUCCGCAUUUGAGUCUAGUGGAGUUCUGGAUGAGAUUUGAGAGUGCUGUAGAGUCACAGAGACAUUCUCAAUCAAUGUCUGACAAUGAUAACUUUUCUUUAAUUCCUGAACUAAAAACAAAUAGAGAUUUGGAGAGACAUGCAAGUCAAGUCUACACUUUCACUAACUUUUACAAGUUUCAAGAGCAGUUGUGGAUUGCUUGUAUGGAUUGUGAAGUUGAGGACAAGAAAGAGACAGAAGAGGGACUAGUUAUAACUAUAGCUAAUCAUGCUCGAAAAAAUGGGAAGAUGCGUGAGGUUGUAUAUAACCCUCUCAGUCAUGUGGCACACUGUUCAUGCAAAAUGUUCCAAUGUGAGGGAAUUCCAUGCCGACAUAUAUUAUGCAUUCUGAAGGGAAAAAGUUUAUCUGAAGUUCCAUGUUACUAUAUAUUGAACAGAUGGACCAAGAUGGCAGCAAGCAAGUCGAUUUUUAAUGUGUCUAGUAACCUUUUGGAAACUUGUUCCAAAAUAGAUAAUGAGGAUAAGCUGAUUACUAAUAAUUGGUUAGAAUUCUUAAACUGCAUGAAUUUGGCGGGAAGAGACCCUGAAAAACUAACUCUUAUCUCAAAUGAAUUUCAAAACGUAUCAAAAUUAUUAAAAGAGUUCAAGAGUAAUCCCACUGAGAGCAAGACACAAGAGUUGGAAUCUUUUAUCGGAUCAAGUGUACCGAAAGAAGUUGAGAUUCUUCCACCAAAACAAUCGAAUACCAAAGGAUCCGGUAAACGCAUGAAAGGGGGAAAAGAGAAGGCAAUGGAGCAACAAGAAAAGAAACAGAGACAGUGUAAAAGUUGUGGUCAUUUGGGUGUUCUGUUCAUCACUGUUUUGGCUCUAGCUGGUGGUGGUGCUGCUGCUGCUGCCGCUGCUGCUGCUGAUGUUGAUGUGGAGGUGGUGCUGCUGAAAGUCUCCAUUGUUGAUUGUUUCAUUGACAGUGAUAUUGUUGUCUGGGAACAACAUAUUGAUUUUUUGUGUUGCUUACUGUUAUCAUACUUCCCAUUAACUUGUGUUUUCUCUUCUGAAGAGUUGAAUAUGAAGCAUGGUGGUAGUAUCGAUGUCAUUGCUGAUAUAUGGGAACUAUGCUGGGCCCUGACUAGGAGAGUAGUACAGGAGGAUUUAAAUGUUUACAAUUUGAAGGGAGGUCGAUCUGAUAAGGAUUUCAAAGGGAAGGAGGAGGCUCAUGAACUGAGAGGAGAGGAGAGAGAUUCUGAUUUUAGAAUUUUAGAUUUUUAUGUCGUUUUUUUUUAA